AAAAGUUACAAAUACAUGUUUUGACCUAUUUUAUACUUCGAAUCAAAAUGUUUCGCUUUGAUCACUCAUUUGAUUUGUAAUGUGUGAUCAAAACAUUAAAAAAACAAAAAGAAGAAAAUGAAACGUGUUGUUUUGAAUGUUCAAAGCCCCGCCCCCUCUUUGUUGUCGCUCUCCGGCGCCCUCUGCCAGCAGGACCCGCCACUGCAGCAGCAGCAGCAGGGUCAUGACGGCAGCUCAGCUCGUUCCCCGCUGGCUCUGUGGAGGCUGGAGCUCGUGAAGGUCUGACUGAGAGCUGCCUGGAUGGUGUUGCGUCGACAGAUGACAGCAGAGAGAGGUGGACUCGUGGACUCGGCGCUGACGAGGCGGAGAUGGGACUCGCGUUUGCCGCCGGAGGCUCUCCGUUUCAGCAGGACGACACAUUUAUGUGGUUUCGUUUCCAUUCACCGCGAGGCUGGAGACGUUUGAAUUAAAGUCCAGGUUGGAGUUUCCUCCGCUGCGCUGCCGCCGUUUCAUUCUGCAUAGCUGUGCGCGCUCGAUAACGCAGCUGUCAUUGGCUUCACGCGCACUAACUGACCGAAAAUAAGCGCAUCAAAGCUUAUCUCAUAUUUGGGGUCCUUCAGUAGCUGUGCUCGCUCUCUUUGUGUGUUGGGAUUCAGAGACUGAAUUAAAGGGUUCCGAUCUGCUCUCCCUGCCUCUUCCUGAUGAUAUGAGACCCUCCGGGAGGCGCUAAUGGAGCUCCAGGAGUUGAGCUGGCUGUGCCUGGUGACUCUCUUCUUGGCCUCUGUGCUGAUCGUGCUGGGAUGGCUGUUCCAGUACUCCCUGUCUGUGCUGAAGCUUUGGAGAUCCAGGCGGAGAGCUGGACCUGGCAGAGGAGAGACACCCCGGCAUCAGCUCUUCCAGAUCCACGCUGGGGGGGUGUGGAGCUUCCUGCGCAGGCUGCGCUCUGGCAGGGAUGGAGGAGCUGCUGGAGAGGCGGGAGUGAAGGGCUUGCUGUCAUCUCUGUUCUUCUUCAAGUCAUUCAGGGAGCACUGGCAGACAACCUGGAUCAAGGCUCUGAACGAACAAGCUUGCAGACAUGGGAGCUCUCUGCAGAUAACCUUUGACAGCAGUCUCCAGUUAAGUGCUGCAGCUGCAAUACAAACCGUGACCUGCACUGACCAGUCUGCAAACCGAAUGGUUCUACACUGUAAAUGUUGGGUAGACACACUGACGUUUCCUGUGACAGUCACCCAGCAGUCAGCAGCCACCGUUUCCAUGGAUACCUAUCAGGUCACUACAGCACCCAUGGUUGCAAAGGUGGUAGUUUGCCUGGAGGAAUUGGAGAAUGAGGGUCUGCUGAUGUCUUGGAACCUCUGCAAGCAGCCAUCAUUCCCCCUAAAAGUGCUGCCUUGCAAGCAGAAAACAGCGGCUUCAGAGGGUGAGGCAGACCUGGACAUGAUCAAAGGACUCAUCGAGGAUACUCUAUUCACCACUCAACCAGCCAUGGUCCUCAACCUCAAGACUUCUGCUUCCAGCCUUUUGCCCCCAGUGGACCACCUCUCUGUGGGGUUGAACUCUGCAUCCCAGCGGGUUUUGGUGAGACGACUAAUCCUCCGGCAGCUCAGAGUGACCUUAAGUAAAGGGCAGUGUUCCAGAUCAGGAGAGCUGUGCUGUGUCCUGAGUCUGGACCAACCAGGUUCUGAGUGCAGAACCCACUUCCUGCCCAUCCCUGCCAAUCCCAUAGCUGUGCUGGAAUGGAGUAAAGACAUUUCUCUGGAGCUGGGGCCAGAGACCAAAGAGCUCAGAGUACGACUUCUGGAACGGAGUGGCACAACAGAGAAAUUCAUUCCAGGACACGCCCUCAUCUCCUUAAAUCUCCAAUCCAAAACUCCUACUGGUCAGCAGACGAUGUCCAUUAGCCCGGGGUAUGGCUUGGCACCAAACGCCAUCAUCACAGCUGAGUUCCUUUAUGUUGAAGCUGAAGAGCAGCACAAUGCUUCACAACUUCGCCCCUCAAUCACCCCCACCAAGAAAGUUGACGUGGACCGAACCAUCAUGCCAGAUGGGACGAUCGUCACCACCGUCACCACUAUCCAGUCUCGACCGAAGCCGGACAGCAGCACAGGGGAUUCUCCUCUAUGUUCCCCAUCCACGGUGGAGGUGAACGAUAAAAAAGCCAAUGUCCUGUCUGAUGGUCGAGGAAGCAGCAGUCCCAACCCCAGCAAGAGCAGUCGCCUGUCUAAUGGCCUGGAUCCUGUUGCAGAAACGGCUAUUCGGCAGCUGACAGAGUCGGCUUGCAAAACUGCUCGGAGGACGCCAACAAAAAGGAGCACGCUGAUCAUCUCCGGCGUGUCAAAGAUUCCCCUCACAGAGGAUAACUGUGCACUAUCGAGUGACUAUGCGGCAGCAAUGGACGCAGCCAUGCACGGCAACGACUGCAGGGCGGGGCACCAUCCGGACCUGGAUGAAACCACGCCCUCUGACGUGUCUGAGCGUCCGUCUGUAGAAGACAUGGAAUCCGACACUGGGUCCGCAGGUGGCUUGGAAACCCGCAGCCUCAAAGACCAUAAAGUGAGUUUUCUCCAGAGUGGCACAAAGUUGUUGUUCCGCAGAAGACAUCGAGAGAAGGACUCCUGCCUUAGCCAGUCCCACGAGAACAUAUCCAACAUGAGCAACAACUUUACCCCUACAACUGCAGAGAUCAGCCGCAAGAAGUCUGGCAGCUUCUCGCGGCGUCUCAUCAAGCGCUUCUCUUUCCGCUCGUCUGGUAAAUCUAAAGGCACAGCUCCAGCUACCAAUGGAGGAGCAAGCGCGGUGGACAACUAAUCGCCAGAUUUUAAACCAACUUCUGCACUAGUUUAUGACAAGCAAAACACCCCUGGUGGGUAUUGUGCUUCUUAAAGAGGAACUCCUCCAGACAAAACAUAAUUGCACCUUUUAGACAGAAAUCAGGACGACUUUACAAAAAAAAAAAAAAAAUGUGUUUGGAAAUCUGCUGCUCGGAGAGAAGAGAAGGGAAUCACUACACUGAAAUAUUUUGUCAUCUAUCUAAACACAAGCUUCGCUGACACUGGUUGAAGAAAAACUUUUCAUGGAGAUGCUGCCAGAUGCACUUUGGAAGGACUUUUUUCUUUACAAUAUCUGUAAAAUUUAUGGUUGUACAAAUAUCAUUUGGGAUUCAUCAGAUGUGAUGCUUAUUUUACCCCGCCAAAAGAAGCCAUCCAAGUUGCAUCAUGCUGUAAAAAUAAGACAUUGCCUCCAUUUUUUUAAAGGAAAAUGUAGUUUAAAGACAGAUUUAAGUGAACCAAAUUUGUCUUGAUUUCUCUUUAUUGUGCCCUCAUAUCUGCUUUUGAAUUAUUUACAUUUAGAGAUGUCACUUCAUGCUUUAUAUUUGAGAGGAAAAACAGAACUUUGAGGUAAUUUGAUGUAAAAUAUCAGAACUUGAGUUUGUUUUAAAAAGUUUUGUUUUGCCAGCAUUUCUUAUAUGAGUAACAAAAAACAGACUGGCUCUGUGGGUGACGGUUCAAGCAAAUGAUUAUGUCUAUAAAUGUCAUUACUGGGUGACCCUGUUACUUAACAAUACCUAAAUGAAAAAGAGCUAAGAAAGCAGCUCUUGCAUUAGCAUUUAACAGUUGUAUUGCAUUGAGAAACUGUAAUAAAUCCUAUUUGGAAAGUAAGUAAACAUUGAAAGGUAGCCAGAUAAAGAAAAGUUACAACAUGGAUGGACUGACAGGUCUGUUCUCAAAGUGCAAAUUCAGUUUUGAUAAAUGAAUAUGGAAAUCUGCACCCUUCAAAAGCUAUCUGAGUUAACAGAAAUGCACAUGCUCAUUUUUGUAAUGACUUUUUCUCUGAAUUUUGAUUUUUUUUUUUUGCUUCUUUCGGUGACUGCAAUAAUUAGGGGAGAAGGGCACAAACUUGAAUUAAGAGUUAAUAUUCAGGUCUUUUUUUUUCUCUAUUGACAAAGAUAUAUUGAAAGAAGGUGGAGCUAAGCAUCCACAAAACAAAUUUACAAGAAUGAAACUGCAAUACUGAAAAUUUGUGUGACUUAUAACAUAUUCAAAAAUUGUAUUUAUUGCAAAUAAAUUAUUUUCUAAACUAUUACUUAAUAUAAGCACUUGUCUUUUCUUUCUCGUGCUCUUUUACAGAAAAUCACUAAACUGUAAAGAAACAAAAUAUGUUGGAAUACACACUUCUCUCCUCACAUAUGGGCUACUUGGAAAUUCUUAAACCAUAAUAUAUCUAGGCAUAGUAGAUAUAGGAGAUGUUUUUUAAAAAAAUAAUUAUUUGGUGUCUGAAUAUAGUAAACAAAGGUUAGGUUAGUUCAGGUCAGUGCUUAUAUUUUAGCAGAGGACAGUUGUGAAUUUCUAAAAAAUAGAAAUAAUGACUGUCUUGAAUAUAUUAGGAUGUAAUGUAUUAGAUUACAAAAUAAAAGCAUAAAGACAUUUUAUUAGAAAAGGGACCACAUUACUAGCAGUUCU